GCUCACUAGGUUCGGUUCCCAUCCUCCAUUCCAUUUCUCCAAGCUGAAUCCUGCAAUUAGAGAGAGAAAGAGAAACGCUCUGAGCCUCCACCGUCGCAGUCCACCGACCGCCAUCGCAGCCUCCAUCGUCACUGCCUCCCUCAUCGCAGGGCCCAAACAACCAUGCCUGUGUUCAAGACCCCAUUCAACGGCUACUCCGUGAAGUUUAGCCCCUUCUUUGAGAACCGCCUAGCUGUCGCCACUUCCCAAAACUUCGGAAUCCUUGGAAACGGGCGUGUCCAUGUUCUCGACCUCGUACCCACUGGACCCAUCGCUGAAAUCGCAGCCUUCGACACCGCCGACGGAGUUUACGACGUCGCGUGGUCCGAAUCCCACGAAUCUCUCCUCAUCGCCGCCAGUGCAGAUGGUUCGAUAAAGCUCUACGAUCUAUCCCUCCCUCCCGCCUCAAACCCUGUCCGUUCCUUCCAAGAGCACACGCGUGAGGCCCACUCAGUUGACUACAACCCCGUCCGCCGUGACUCUUUCGUAACCGCCUCUUGGGACGACACCGUCAAGCUAUGGACGAUUGAUCGCCCCACGAGCGUCCGCACAUUCAAGGAACACGCCUAUUGCGUGUACUCCGCCGCAUGGAAUCCUCGCCACGCGGACGUAUUUGCGUCGGCCUCAGGCGACUGCACUGCCCGAAUAUGGGAUGUUAGGGAACCGGGAUCGACUAUGAUACUUCCCGCGCACGAGUUCGAGAUCUUGUCAUGCGAUUGGAACAAGUACGACGAUUGUGUCAUCGCGACAGCGUCGGUUGACAAGUCUAUUAAGGUUUGGGAUGUUCGGAGCUAUAGGAUCCCGGUGGCAGUGCUGAAUGGGCAUGGUUACGCGGUGAGGAAAGUGAAGUUCUCGCCGCAUAGAGGGAGUUUGAUCGCGUCGUGUUCUUAUGAUAUGGCGGUUUGUUUGUGGGAUUAUAUGGUGGAGGAUGCACUAAUAGCUAGGUAUGAUCAUCAUACCGAAUUUGCAGUUGGUGUGGAUAUGAGUGUUCUUGUUGAAGGGUUGUUGGCUAGUACUGGAUGGGAUGAACUUGUUUAUGUUUGGCAACAUGGAACUGAUCCUAGAGCAUCUUGAAAGGUUUCAAGUUCUUGAUCACCUUCUUUGUGUUAUUUUUUUUCUCUUUCUAUUUGAAGGUAUAAUUUUCUAUUGAUACCUACAAUUGUGGUGUAAUAAUUGGAAUUUUAUGUGUAUUAAUAGUAUUAUUGAAGAAGUUAAAACUAAUAAAAUAAAACUCAAAUGGGGAAUAUUAUCAUAAAGUUUAGUUUAAUUGUUUAAUU